AACCAAGCAACCAAUGGCGCGUUGUUAUUUGUCUUACCAACACCUCUUUGCUCGCAACCCUAAUUUCGAUCCAACAGAGACAACGUUGAUUUCUCGGCGAAAUUUGUAAAACCCCCAAUCUGUUCUCUCCUGUGAGUCUUUUUAUUUUCGUUUCAUCUAUAAUUCAUACAUAUUUAUCCAUUUCUCUACUUAUUUUGUUCGGAUCCAAGAUCAUAAACGACCCUAAUUUCAUCGAUAUCGUGCAAUUCACACCAAUAAUCACCGAUUUUAUAGCAACUUAUGAUACAUACAAUCACUUAAUUGAUCGAUGGAGAAUGGAAUGUACUCCUCCACAACUUAUCGCACCGAUCAAAUUACGGAAGCUGCUUCGAAACCUGUUUCGGAUAAUUUGAGCGCUGCGAUUGCUGCUACGAUUCCUUCGAUAUCGAAUACCGAAGCUCCGGUACAAAAUUAUAGUUAUACAGGUUAUGGAAUUAGUACUGAUUCAUAUGGAUAUGGAAACACAGGGUAUGCAGGUUAUUAUAGCGGUGCUUAUACGCAACCGCAACAACAGCAACAACCACCGCAGAGUAAUAAUCAAGCAUAUACGGUGCAACAACAGCAAGUAGGAGGAUAUCCAACUACAGGUGGUUCUCAACAGAAUAUUUCCGAAUUUACCAAUACAGUGCCUUAUGCUGGACCUACAAAUUAUACUACUACUUAUUACAAUCCUGCUGAUUAUCAGACACCUGGCGCAGCAGCCGGAGGAGGAUACAGUAAUCAGAAUUGGCAACAAGGGAGCUAUGUCAACUAUGGGAAUAAUCAAUAUGCCAGUUAUGCUCCGGAAGCUACGGCGGCUCCACCUCCCACGCAGCAAUAUCAGCAGGCCUAUAGUCAGUGGGCGGAUUAUUAUAGUCAGACAGAAGUUAGUUGUGCUCCUGGAACAGAAAAUGUGGCUUCCACAGGGACAGCUAAUGCUGUUCAUUCCGUUCCUGGUGUGCCAGGUGUUCCUGGCGGAUAUACUGCUACAAAUACUCAGCAGCCUGCACCUUAUGCUGCACCGUGGAGACCGGAGUAUAGUUCAUCUGACGUAACUCCUGUUCAGCAAGGGGCAGCAAUUAGCACUGUACAGGAUGGCUACUGGAAACAUGGUACUCCAACAUUCCAAACUCAGAACGUUGGCCACGUUUCAAAUGUAAGAACACCUUUGGAUUCAAAUCAUACUUACACAGGUUAUCAGGAACAGCACAAGCCAGUACAUCCUCAAGUAUCAACUGCACAAUAUCCAGCUAAUCCUCAAUUGCCGUAUAAUUAUUAUACAUCCUUGCAAACAGUUUCACAGACUGUUCCUGUUCCACAAAGUGUUCAGCAAACAGUUUCACAAAAUAUGCCCUUUGAUUCACGGGUAAGCAAAAUGCAGAUACCUACAAAUCCUAGGAUUGCUACUAAUCUGGUUUUGGGAUUGCCUAAAAUCGACAAGGACAACUCUGUAAGCAAUGCUGCUGCAAAGCCACUAUAUGUUAGUGUCGCACCACCUAAGCCAAAUAAUGAAGUGACUUCUCAUGUUGGUGCUGACUCAAUACUUAAGGCUGGCAUGUUCCCGAAGUCUCUACGUGGAUAUGUAGAAAGGGCUUUAUCUCGUUGCAAGGAUGAUAAGCAAAUGGCAGCUUGCCAAGAAGUCAUGAAGGAGGUCAUUACUAAGGCAACAGCUGAUGGUACACUGUACACUCGAAACUGGGAUAUGGAGCCUCUUUUCCCGUUGCCCAGUGCAGACGGGGUUACUACUGAAGCUUUACAAUCUUCAGCCCUGAUUUCUUCAUUGACAAACAACCGACGGAGUCCAAGCAGGCGAUCUAAAAGCAGGUGGGAGCCUUUAUCAGUGGAUAAGUUGGUUGAUAAACAGUCCCCUCAUACUCCUGAUACAAAAUAUAGUGGUUGGUUUAAUCCCAGUGAAGGGGGAAAGUUUUCUGCUGGGAAGGUAGUCAAAGAAAAUAACUGGGGGCAUUUAAAGUUUACCUCAUCAGAUCAGAAAGUGACAAAUAAACUUACCCAGAGGCCUGCUAAGAGGCAGUGCCUUGGUGAUGGUCCAAGUGGAGCUGAUAAUGGUGGUGCAUCCAGUGAUAGUGAUGAGCAAAGUUUGACUGCUUAUUAUGCAGGUGCUGUAGCACUUGCAGAUACACCAGAAGAGAAGCAGAGAAGGGAGAGUCGUUCAAAACGUUUUGAAAAAGCACGUGGGAAUCGGUCUGCAAAUAAUUAUUCUAGAGUCAAAACUGUUGGAGCUGGAUUGUAUACUAAAAGAACUCAUGCAUUGGUGCUUAAAAAAGAUUUCGAAGAAGGCAACAGCAGAGCUGUUGAAGAUAUUGACUGGGAUUCUCUUACUGUCAAGGGUACCUGCCAGGAAGUUGAAAAGCGUUAUCUUCGCCUUACUUCUGCACCUGAUCCUGCCACUGUGAGGCCUGAAGAGGUGUUAGAAAAAGCUCUUGUCAUGGUUCAGGGUUCCCAGAAGAACUACCUUUACAAAUGUGAUCAGUUAAAAUCUAUCCGUCAAGAUCUGACCGUACAGCGGAUACGGAAUGAACUCACAGUUAAGGUCUAUGAAACUCAUGCUCGAUUAGCAAUUGAAGUUGGUGAUUUAUCAGAGUAUAAUCAGUGUCAAUCUCAAUUGCAAGUACUUUAUGCAGAAGGAAACAAGGGAUGUGAUAUGGAAUUUUCGGCUUACAAUCUUCUUUGUGUUAUUCUGCACUCAAAUAAUAACAGGGAUCUCUUGUCAGCCAUGUCAAGAUUGUCAGUUGAUGCAAGGAAAGAUGUCGCUGUUAAACAUGCUCUUGCGGUGCGUGCAGCUGUAACAUCUGGAAAUUAUGUAUUGUUCUUUAGGCUGUACAAGGAGGCUCCUAAUUUGAGCACUUGUCUCAUGGAUCUGUAUGUAGAAAAGAUGCGUUAUGCGGCAAUGAAAUGUAUGUCUCGUUCAUAUCGCCCUACGCUUCCUGUCGCAUACAUUGCUCAGGUUCUAGGCUUCAGUAGUGUCUUGCCCACGGCUGAGCAAAAUGAUGAGAAGGAUGUUGAUGCAAUAGAGGAGUGUGUGGAAUGGUUGAAGGCUCAUGGUGCAUGUCUUAUUACAGAUAAUCCUGACGAGGUGCUACUUGACGCAAAGGCUUCAGUAUCUAGUCUCUUCAUGCCAGAACCAGAAGAUGCUGUUGCUCAUGGAGAUGCAACUCUUGCCGUUAAUGAUUUUUUGACUCGGGUUCCUUCAUUACCAAAUUGAUUAUUACUUAUUAAGAAAUCUAGGAGAGGGUCGAGCUGGUAGCACAUGAAAUGGAAUCAGGCCAGAGUCGUGAAAUGGAAUCAGCCACUAAUGUAAGGAUGAAAGAUUCUUUAAAUGAUAUUCAGAUAGAAGACAGGUUUGCAUCCAAAUGUUUUCAAUAGUACAGGGAGAAGGGGUCCCUGAAAUUUAAUAUUGUUUUGAUCAUCCAUUGUUUUGAAAGGCAGUGGAAAGUCUAAUGGGAGGGGAUUACGCAAAGGAGAUGUAACUUUAUAUUGUUGAUCUGUUGUUCCAUCAUAUUUCAUAGGUGCUGGUUUUUAGUCUUUAGUAGAGUGCUUAAGAUUUAAGUUGGCAGUCAGAAUUUUGUUUUAUAUUUAAAGUUAAUAUUGGACGAAUGGAGAUAAUAUUAUAUAGUUAUACAUGGUAA